UAAAUCUGCUUUGUUUAAUGCUGCGUGGACAUAAAGUAAACACGAAUGUGUUUAUUUGUGUCGCUUUUUUCAGGUCCUUUUUUGGUUCGACUUGCCUGUUGCUCUCCUAACUCAAAUCUCCGCCACCUUAAAAUAAAGGGCCAUCUUAAAACUGACUCCAGAUCGUUUUUUUUUUUUUAAAUCGGUGAACAGACGUUCAAUAGUCAAUACGCUGAUCCUGGAUCAGUUGUGUUUAAUAAGCAGGGCCCGAUUCCCAAAACUAGUCCCUCCUUCUAACUCGCGCUUCCUCCCCCCAUCUCUCUCGGAUCCCAGCACUGUCAUUCACUCAGCUUUCAGUUUAACACCAAAAAGAACAACAGCGCGAGCUUGUCUUUCUUCCUCACACUUCUCGCACCCUUUUGGUCGAGGGAGGUCCAAAACGAAGCGCCCACACAAGGCAAAGCGAAUUAUUUGCCGGGAAAGAAGUCGAAACUGUUGCGUUAGUGCUGAGCGUUAGCCUGCGCUGCUUACAUUUCCUCUUCUCCUUCAGCUGCUGGAUUGACGAAGCGUCCAUAGCUUUCGACUUCAUCGCUCGCGUGUGGGUGUGUGAGAGCGUCAAUGUAGGACGUUUUUUUGUUUUGAGCUCGAGCUUUAUGUGUGUAAACGCCUAGCUUGUUGACCGGUGGACUGAAGUUUAGUUUCCAGCGCACGCGCCCGAGUAGCUGCCACAGUGCUGCGUUGAGAGCGCGUGUUGCGCGUUAACAUUACACGAAGACUCGUUUUUUUAUUAUCACUAUCAUUUUAUUUACACGCUUACUUAUUGCAUGAGGUGCUUUUAGAGCAAAGCGGACUGCUUGUGUGUUCCUUGCGCCACCACCGUGCGGACAGAAGAGGCACAUUACGCCUCUCGUGCACACUCGAGGAGGAGGAGGAAAAGACUGUGAAUUUUGACGGGAUUUUAUUAAAGUCCGAGCCACUUUCAUGCACUGAAAACACCCAGAGGAAGAGGUGGAGGAAGGUCAGGCCCAGGAGUGCUGCUUUAACUCUGCGGUUUCCCCCAACGAAAGAAACACCCAGGCUAUAAAAAGCCAACGCUUCAACCACUGCAGGACAAGAGUGCAGAGUUUAUUUUAUUGGAACCCAUACAGGAGUGCACGUGAUGGGGCAGGUAGACACAUGCGCAAGAGGAGAUGAGAGUUCAGUAGCCUAACACAACAAGACGUAUGAUACUCUAAGCUGAAGUGAACCUGCAUUUAAAAGAUGUGGUAACAUGCUCGCCGUGGACAGACGUUCUCUUCAGAGAUCCUUCCUCUAAUGGUUCUCUUCCAUUGUCCUGCAAGACGUCAGCAGUGUUCUUCCUUCAGAACUUGAAAACUCGUCAGAAAUCUGCCAGUUUUUUAAAGCAUUCCUGUUAAGUGAAGUCUUACAUUUUUCAACUGGUCUACUCAAAGUGUCAGAACGCCAGCCAGAGACAGAAAACAUGGCUAACAACACUGCAGACCACCCACCUGGGAACUCUGUGGCUGAAGGCAAUCAUGAUGGGGACUUUGGCUGCACGGUGAUGGAUCUCCGGGAACUGAUGGAGCUCAGGAGCGCAGAGGCGGUCAACAAGAUCAGAGACUCUUAUGGAGACGUGCAGGGGAUCUGUCACAGGCUGAAAACUUCUCCUAUUGAAGGCCUCUCUGGAAACCCGGCAGACUUGGAAAAGCGCCACACGGCCUUCGGACGAAACUUCAUCCCUCCUAAAAAGCCCAAGACCUUCUUGCAGCUGGUGUGGGAGGCAUUGCAGGACGUCACACUCAUCAUCUUGGAGAUAGCUGCCAUCAUUUCUUUGGGCCUGUCCUUCUACCACCCACAAGGAGAUGACAGUUCUGCUUGUGGCCAGGCCGCUGGUGGUGUGGAGGAUGAAGGUGAAGCCCAGGCGGGUUGGAUUGAGGGCGCUGCUAUCUUGUUUUCGGUGAUCAUUGUGGUGUUGGUGACUGCAUUUAAUGACUGGAGCAAAGAGAAGCAGUUCCGCGGGCUGCAGAGUCGUAUCGAACAGGAGCAGAAGUUCACAGUCAUCCGCAAGGGUCAAGUGAUCCAGAUCCCUGUGGCUGAGAUCGUGGUGGGAGAUAUCGCGCAGAUCAAAUACGGUGACCUCCUUCCUGCAGAUGGGAUACUGAUCCAAGGCAAUGACCUGAAGAUUGAUGAGAGCUCCCUGACCGGGGAGUCAGAUCAAGUAAAGAAGUCUCUUGAGAAAGACCCAAUGCUGUUGUCUGGAACUCAUGUCAUGGAGGGAUCUGGGAGGAUGGUUGUUACUGCCAUUGGCUUGAACUCCCAGACCGGAAUCAUUUUCACUCUGCUUGGAGCUGGUGAUGAAGUGGAGGAGAAGAAGGUCAAGAAAGGUAAAAAACAAGGAGCCCCUGAAAAUCGCAACAAAGCCAAGACCCAGGAUGGUGUUGCUCUGGAGAUCCAACCUCUGAAGAGUGAGGAGGGAGCUGAAUGCGAGGAGAAAGAGGAGAAAGAAGUGAAGAAGGUCAAUGUCACCAAGAAGGAGAAGUCUGUACUGCAGGGCAAGCUGACCAGAUUGGCUGUGCAGAUUGGAAAAGCAGGUCUCAUCAUGUCUUCCGUGACAGUCAUCAUCCUCAUCUUAUACUUUGUGAUCGAUACAUUCGGGGUGCAGGGGCGAGAGUGGAAAGCCGAGUGCACACCCAUCUACAUUCAAUACUUUGUCAAGUUCUUCAUCAUUGGCGUGACUGUCCUGGUAGUCGCUGUUCCUGAAGGGCUUCCACUUGCUGUAACCAUUUCACUCGCCUACUCAGUCAAGAAAAUGAUGAAAGACAACAACCUGGUGAGGCACCUGGAUGCCUGCGAGACCAUGGGCAAUGCCACAGCCAUCUGUUCUGACAAGACCGGCACACUUACCAUGAACCGCAUGACCGUGGUGCAGGCCUACAUAGGUGACACGCACUACAAGAAGGUUCCAGAGCCUGAGGCUAUCAAACCUGAGACUCUGGAGCUCAUGGUUAACAGCAUCUCCAUCAACUCAGCCUACACCACCAAGAUCCUGUCACCAGAGCAGGAAGGUGGUCUACCAAGGCACGUGGGUAAUAAGACUGAAUGUGCCCUCCUGGGACUGGUUCUGGAGCUGAAGAGAGAUUACCAGCCCAUCCGCGACGAGAUUCCUGAGGAGAACCUCUACAAGGUCUACACCUUCAAUUCGUCACGCAAGAGCAUGAGCACCGUACUGAAAAAUGCAGACGGCUCAGGAUUCCGCAUGUACAGCAAAGGCGCCUCUGAGAUCAUCCUCCGCAAGUGUGCCUACAUUCUGGAUGCUGCAGGUCAGCCUCGGGUCUUCAAGCCCAAGGACCGGGAUGAGAUGGUGCGGAAGGUGAUCGAACCCAUGGCCUGUGAAGGCUUGAGGACCAUUUGCAUAGCUACAAGGGAAUUCACGGGCGAGGAGCCGAACUGGGACAACGAGGCUGAUAUUCUGUCAGACCUCACCUGCAUCUGUGUGGUGGGCAUCGAAGACCCUGUCCGUCAUGAGGUUCCCGAGGCCAUUUCUAAGUGCCAGAGAGCAGGCAUUACCGUGCGCAUGGUUACUGGUGACAAUAUCAACACUGCCCGUGCCAUUGCUACCAAAUGUGGCAUCCUACAGCCUGGAGAAGACUUUCUGUGCCUGGAAGGCAAAGAGUUUAACCAAGAAAUCCGCAAUGAAAAGGGAGAGGUGGAGCAAGAUCGCCUUGAUAAAGUCUGGCCCAAACUACGUGUUCUUGCCCGUUCUUCUCCAACAGACAAGCACACUCUGGUCAAAGGCAUCAUUGACAGCACAGUGGGAGGAACCAGACAGGUGGUGGCAGUGACGGGUGACGGAACCAAUGAUGGACCUGCUCUCAAAAAGGCUGAUGUCGGCUUUGCUAUGGGUAUUGCUGGAACUGACGUUGCUAAGGAAGCUUCCGACAUCAUCCUGACUGAUGACAACUUCACCAGCAUCGUAAAGGCUGUGAUGUGGGGCCGUAAUGUCUACGACAGCAUUUCCAAGUUCCUGCAGUUUCAGCUCACGGUCAACGUAGUGGCUGUCAUCGUGGCUUUCACAGGCGCCUGCAUUACACAGGACUCUCCACUAAAAGCAGUGCAGAUGCUCUGGGUCAAUCUGAUCAUGGACACACUGGCCUCUCUGGCUCUGGCCACUGAACCGCCCACCGAGGCCCUGCUGCUGCGCAGACCUUAUGGCCGAAACAAGCCACUCAUCUCCAGAACCAUGAUGAAGAACAUUCUGGGCCAUGCCGUCUACCAGCUGUCCGUCACCUUCACCUUGCUCUUUGCUGGAGAGAAGUUCUUCAACAUUGACAGUGGUCGCAAUUCCCCCCUCCACGCACCCCCAUCUGAACACUACACCAUCAUCUUCAACGUCUUCGUCAUGAUGCAGCUCUUCAAUGAGAUAAAUGCUCGCAAGAUCCACGGAGAGAGGAACGUCUUCGAAGGUAUCCACAGGAACCCCAUCUUCUGCAGCGUCGUCCUGGGAACCUUCGUUUUGCAGAUCAUCAUUGUGCAGCUCGGAGGGAAGCCUUUCUCAUGCACAGCUCUCACCCUGGAUCAGUGGCUCUGGUGUAUUUUCAUUGGUGUCGGUGAACUGCUUUGGGGCCAGUUCAUCUCCGCCAUCCCCACACACCGGCUCAAGUUCCUGAUGACGGUUGGUCACGGCAGCACCAAGGAGGAGAUGCAGAAGGAGGAACAGAAAGAGGACGUGGAUGAGAUAGACCACGCUGAGAUGGAGUUGCGCCGCGGUCAGAUCCUCUGGUUCCGAGGGCUGAACCGCAUCCAGACUCAGAUUAAGGUGGUGAACGCUUUCCGCAGCUCACUGUACUCUGGCCUCGAGUCCAACAGCUCCAUCCACAGCUUCAUGGUCCACCCUGAGUUCAUGCCGCGUGCCGAGGAGGAGGAGGAGGAGGAGGAGGAUGAGGAGGAGCAGCAUGUGCCCACGAUAGAGGAGAGCAGCACCGAGAUCGAGCCGCUGCCUUCCUCCUCCUCUGCGUCCUCCUCCUCCGCCUCCCCCAGGAAAAGUGGAGGUGGAGGUGGAGAACCCCCGGACAGCUCCAUCCACGGCUGCAAGUCCUCCAUUUGACCAUUUUUUCCACCCUGCAUCAAUCCCAAUCCUGUCCUCCUGCAAGAUCCUCCCUGAAAAACACCUCAUCCAUCAUGCAGCAUCCUCCUAUGGAGCCAUUUUCUCCCUGGGCUUCUCCUUGACUGUCGGCGUGGCGUCUGCGCUCUGACAGCACGCAUGGCACAGUCUAACUCGCCCACACGAGGGCAGCUCGGAGGCUGCAGCCUUUCCUUCACUAACACUGUAUCCUUGUUUCUCCUUUUUUCCGCUGUCUGAUUUGAACAUCAUGUUUCCUAGGACUUUUUUUUUUUUUUUUCACCAAUUCAGUGACUUUUACCCUUUCAGAUUUACAACUUGAAAUGUGCAUUUAUGUUCCUACAUGAUUUUAUUCCUUUUUUGCAUUGUAUGGUGAUUUGAAACACAAGCGAUGUACAUCACCAUCUGUAGUUUUUUUUUUCAUUUUCGUUUUGUCCAUUUUAUUCCCCAAAACUGCUGUCUAUCAAUGUCUUCAGGAGUCCACACACACUACAUUUUUUUUUUUUCCCCAAAUACAUUGACUGCUUGAAUUAAGGUCAUCCUUGGUUGUCUUUGUUUAUUUGAUCAUGUUUUGGGUUCUGUAUGCACAGACCUAAGGCUGCUAUGCUGAAAGUAGAGUGAAAGAAAGCGUGUGUGAUUUCACCAAGAUGGGACGAGUGGGCCAUGCAACUCAUCAUGUCAGUCUCAUAAGUCAGAUUUAAAAAAAAAAAAAAUUCCCUGAAUUAGCAGAAUCACUUCUUUACUCAAGUUAGAGGAUGUAAAUAUGGAACUUUCUCCACUUUGUGUUUAACAUGACUCAUGAUUGAGAGUUUGUUUGGUGAUCACCCGUUUGUGUGCGUGUGUGCAGGUUUCUGCAGUUAGAGUCGAUUUUCAUCUUAGAUUCAGGUCUUCUUUUUGCCGUUCCGUGUUAGACUCUACCCAAUAUUGUGCUGAUCAGUUGCAGAAGACAUUAUGAGGGUCCGAGCAGUUCCAACGCUCCACCUCCAAAGGGGAAACAAAUAAUAAAACAGCAUAAAAUGAAUGCAUAAUAACUACGUGUAUUAUGCAACCCGAAGCCUCUGUUCGAGCCCUAUGAACGGCCUGUUAGCUGUGCAGAAAAUCCUGCCAACUUCUAGCCAUGUGCUUCUAAUUCCCAAAUCACAGUACUGCCAUAUUUUUCAUCCUGACUUCAUACCUAGCUAGGUUAGACAGGAUCCUCAAUAUCCUUUUUCUACUUGCUAAGAGCCAUAUUUUAUAGGUUGUUCUUUUAUAAUCCCAUUUUUGCUUUCCUUCUUUGCUUUUAAAAUCAGUCACUGCCUAAAAGAGAGACGACAGACCACUUUAAUAUUUCAUGAACAAACGCUACAGUUUAGUCAAAGCCGUAUUUCCCCCUACUGGCAAAUAUUUAAAAAAAAAAAAAUUUUUUUUUGCUUAUUUCCCCAAAGUGAUGUAUUACUACAGUGAAAUGUGUAAAUUUCAUAUAAACGUUGAUGUUCUGUUCUGUUUUUUACAACUGUUCUGUAUUUUUAUAUUAAGUACUUUUUAAUAUUUUGGAAAUCUAUAAAUUAAAGGUGUAUAGGCUUGGAGCAUUUGGUGACGUAACAAAUUUAGUAAAGCAGGCAGUAGAGUACAUUGUUUUUGCAGAUAUACUUAUGCCACGUUUAAUAGGAAAUGCUUUGGCCAAGGAGAGAAGAGAGCAUGACGUGUUUACUUUUAAUCUAGCGAGAUUCAGUUUAAAUGCCGUUGGGUGUAGGUGCAUUGGGAAAACUAAAGUCUGUAGUUUAUCCAACAUACUGGCUACUAUAAAUGUUACACGGACAUUUGCAUUGACGUUACUAGUUCUAAAAGGAAUAUUCUGUUAAUUAAAUAUGAAUUGAAAUGCAUAUGCAUAUUUUCAUCAUGUACAACCACACUAUGUUCAUUGGCAUGGUAUUAUGGCAUAAUUUAUUUUAUUAUUAUUAUUAUUUUUUAAUAUACUAUGUUACCAUGGGCUGUUUUAUUUCAUGGUUUCGUGACAGUAAACUCAUGUGUGUGCCCAGAUAUAACUUGUCUAAAGGACAUUUUUUUUUAAUCUGCUCAGUUCAUGAACAUCUAGUGCACCCUGUACUGCGUUCAGUGUAGUGUUGAAAUCAAAAGCUCGUUCUACAGUCAAAGAAAGUUCUGCCAAAGUGUUGUUUUGUACAAUCAUUACUUACCAUUAUUCAAGUCCCUACAUAAAUAUGUGUUAUGUUGUUGAAAUGACACUACUUUGUUUCCGCACAUCUGUCCUAAAGAUAUCCUGAAUGAAUAUUUGUGAACCUAACUUUGUCCUUUUGUCCACCUCAUUACAUAAUCAUCUUAUCCCUGGACAUUUUGCUGUACAUGGAUGUUAAUCAACAGCAGUUUCAAUUUCGACAUUUUCAACCGAUUUGGCUCUCCAGGACAAUUUGUUAUUGCACCGGUCUGUCGUUUUUGCUGAAGUGCAAAAAAUAAGAUGGCAUGCAGUAGCUGAUUCGACUGCGUGGCUAGUCUACUGAGAUUCUCUGAUGGCUCUUCUUUUGGGUUUGAGGUUUAGGAGUGAUACACCACAGCUGUAAAUAAAAGAUUGCAAUUUUAACCUGGAAUUAGUCACAACCGCCUAUUUUCCAUAACUUGGGCAACCGAGAUCCUGAGUUCAUUCAAAAGUGUAUUCGAUUGUGAAAAGAUUUUUAAAAAAAAAAAAGAAAGAAAGAAACCAAUUUCUUUAAUUCAUAUGAAUACGAUAAUAAGCACUGGUGUUAUUUUUGUAUAAACCUAAUAUCAUCUAUGUGGCAUGCAUGACUUAUAAACAAAUUGGUGGUUCAAAGCAAUAUGUACAACCUGGUGUGAGUGGUAUUUCUAGUGUCCUGUGUUGCUUAAAAGAAAACUCUUAACUGUUCAAUAUAUGUGUUCAGUGUUUCUGCAUGAUUAAGAAUGGAAUGAGACAUCCCCAAAACCUAUACUCGUCCUCCAGCUGAAUGCCGCACAUGGCACGCACGCGCACACCUCACUUUAAUUAACAUAGCAGAAGAAACACACACUGACAUGAUGCUGUCUUAGGAAAAAUUGACAUUGAUCACUCUAUUUAUUAGACAAUAUGAUUAUAUAUGUGUGAUUCAGGUUUGGAAGUUUGUCCACUUUAAAAACCCUCAAGUGCUCAUCCCUAGGCUUGGAUUGUACUUUUAUCAGUUGGGUAAAAUGGGCUACCGAAUAAAAUGAAAUUCCACAAUCACUAAUAAUAUUAGCUGGGGAAUGGACUUUUUAUGCCAAGCAUGAUCACUUUUACUCCACAUUCUGCUCUAUAAAUCACUUUUGUGUCAUUUCCAUUACUGUCAUGCAGUUAGUCAUCCAUGCUGUACAGCUUUGACUUCAUGUCACCUACUUGUAAAAGAAGUAGCUUUUCUCCACUACAUGAGCCAUCAAAGAAAAAAAAAUCAUGGAGCAUUAAGGCUGUUUGAGUCUUUUUGCUAUUAAAAGUGGAGACUGAAUAUGAAGGUAAGCAUUGAUGAGUUUUCCCAUCUUCACCACUUUUUUUUUUGCACAUUUUGCAAUCCUUCAGCAGCUCGAGUGAGCACUUCAUUUCAUCAAAAGCAAAAUAAGAGCAAUGGUUUUCAUCAAUGGCUUGGGAAUGUGUGCUUCUCUAUAUUUUGUGGACAAUUCCACAGAUAGGAAAAAGCAAAAAUUAUUGGAUUGAUGCUGUUUCCAGUGACCGGCAAUUACUGUGACUGGCUGUGGUCACUUACAAAUAAUCUCACGUUGACCGAUCCAUCUGUUUCUGUGUUUUCGCUUCUGUAAUUUACUUUUGUUUUUGUUUUUUUUUAUCAGAGCCAAAUUCUAUCAGAGCCAUGUUUUAAGCAUUACCCAUAAGAAACUUUUUUGUAUUUUGUAUAAAGGGCAAAUAUUUCUAUUUGAUUAGUCAAUGAAAUUCAACUUUAAGAGUCAGAAAAUAGCUGAAAAAUUAUAAAACCUAAGUAUACAAAAUGUUUAAGGUGGAAAAAUAGCCAUUUAGAUAUGUUUUCUUUUUACUGAAAAAGUGCUGAAACUUCUUUUUUCUGAAACUCUGAAUAUGACUAUAAUUAUUGAGGAUUUGGGCUAGGAUUAGUUUACUUAUAACUCUUUUCUUACUAUUUUCAAUAGACUGUGUGUCUGAGAGGUAACCAUACUCUCAUGUCUGAGGUUGUUUACAUUCAUUAACAAGGAGGCUUUGUUGUGUGUAAUGGAGCACGUUAAAAAAAAAAUUAUGGCAUGCCAUCUUCUUAAUCACAGAAGUGCCAUUCAGCAGCAUUGAGUCAAACAUACCACUGUGUUAAUUAUCUGAAAAGCUUUGCUUGUCAAAGAAAGAUGUCUGUGGUUUUAGAUUUUGAAAUUGUCGCCUUGAAAAAGUCCAUUUGAAAUCAGCAUUCUGACUAAAAGGAGGAGUAGUGCUGAAUUAUUUCAAAUGAUAUGAAACGUAUAAAGUUUUAUUGCUGAUUGUUAGUGGGUUUUGUUUUGUUUUUUUAAAAAUGUGCCGAUUGGGAACUUGCAGAUGUUUUUGCUCCAGUCUGUGUUUACACUCCAGCUACAUCUGCCCAGUUUUGUCCAAAUAAUAUAGUAUAGCACUUUAAGGGCACUUCAAGGGCUAAAAGGUGAUGGCAGGUUACCAGUGAACAAAUUAUGAACGUCUGAUCGACAGAGAGCUCACAACACUACAUAAUGGAACAGGAGAAAAAGCAUGCAGUUUGUCAUUUUGACUCAUCAUUAGUCAUUUUCAUCAUAAUCAGACAUUGGGAGAAAGCACUUCAUUAGAAAUCUGGCUUACGGUAUCAGAAGAUUGUUACCACUUGGUUUUAUUAGCCAUUUUGGAUAGGCCGUACAGUUCAAGGUGCUCUGAAAUCCUUUGAGCAAGUGAUUGAUGAUCGUAAACAGCAUCUGUUAUCGGUGUGUGUUUCAGCUGACAAAAAUCUGGCAUUAGAUUAACCCUCUCCAUAACACUUUCCCUUUUUGUAAAUAUAACUUAUCAUGCCAAAAUGUCAGUCCUGUUUGCUUCCAACUAUGCAACAGAUUGGUUGAUUUUAGAAUGUGAUCAAUUAUUUAUCCUGAUUCUCCUCUUUCUCUCUUGCUGUCUAUGCUUUUUCCUUUUCUGUCUCAGUGAACGCAGCCAUGCCCAUUUCUCAUUACUUUAUACUAACAAAAACGCAAGUGUAUUAUGUACGUACGUAUGUAUGUAUGCGUGUGAUGUGCACACCUUCAAAUUUUAUUUACUCUUUUGUAAUAUAUGAUCAUGUGGAAUGCCUUGUUCUUUAUGUCCUGUCAUUGGAAAUUAACAGAACAAACAAAAAAUGAUAACCGAGCAACUGAGGUGAAAGUUAUUAUAUACAACUAUAUAUAAAUAUAUAUAUAUAUAAUAUAUAUAAAAAUAAAUAAAUAAAGCCAUUAGGAUUUGAAAUACA